AUCGGCAUUCUUAUUAUGACCCUCUUCCUACCAACUUCACCCUCUUAUAACAAUGACUCAAAACGAUGGUAUGUUUAUCUUAUGGGUAUCACCGAGGUGUUAGAGAAUGGAGGAGCUGGUAAUGGGAAUGGUAUAAAUUCAUGUGGUGGUAAUGCUUAUGUGGGAACAAGUAAUAGUGGGCCUGAGAGAAUGGUGAAUGGUGGAAGCGGAAGUGAGAAUUUGGGUGAUGAAAUUUUGGAGGACUUUGACUUGUAUUGGGAAGAUAUCAAUGACCGGAUGAUGGUGUCGAGGAUGGUGAGUAACUCUGUUGUUAAGGGAAUUGUACGUGCUGUGGAACAAGAGGCGGAUGAGAGAAUGAUUUCUAAGGAAAUGGAAUUAGCCAAGCUGAAGGAGUAUUUGCAAUUUCACGAUGUGGGUCUGAGUAAAACUGAAUCUUUGGGGUCACCUGUGUUAGGGGAUGAGCUAGAGGGUUUGAAUUCUCAGAAGCAUUGGACUUCAUCUGAUGUUUUUCUGGAACAUGAGAAGUUGAGAGAAAUUCUGGAUGGGCUAAGAAAUUCAACCAAGGAUCAGUUCAAGAAGCUGAAGAAGGGAAUUGAUAGGGUUAGAGGCUUCAGCUCUUUCAGAAGGAGUGGUUCUUGUUCAGAGUUGGUGGGUCUUGGUGGCAUUUUGCGAGAGAAGGAAUCUGAGAGUUGGGUACACGUCGACAAAACACUGAAGAAUCUGAAAAUGACCAUGGAGGCCAUUUUCAUACGGAUGGAUGAAAUGAUACAGUUGUCCAAGACAUCAAUGGGGCAGUGGCAGGAGGAGCAUCUAAUUGAAUCGGAGCUUGAUGCUGUGGUGAUGCAGAGUCUGAUCCGGGGCAUGCAGGAAGGUUUUGAGGACAAAUUGUGGGAUCAGUAUCAUCAAUCACGUGACAUUCGAAUUGAGAAGUUGAAUGAGAUCUCUAGUUUGCGGAAUGGUAUAGAGAUUAUAUUGAAGUCAUUGUCAAGUACAGAAACAGGGCGUCUGACAUUACAUGGAUCUCAGGAUGUGGACCACUUUCACCGCAAGAUGUCAAGUGAGCAUGUGGCAUCUUCAAAAUCUAUUUGGGAGGAAAAAGGGUGGCUGGAGGAUUCAAAAAGUGAUAUACCCGAGAAGUUUGAAGCUGCCUCAUUGAAACACAUGUCACGGGAGGAAAUGGUGGACUAUUUUAAUAAUAUGAUGACAAAGAUGAAGAGAGAACACGAGUCCAUUCUGGAAAAGAAAACUGAUGACUACUUUGCUCUAAGACGCGAAUAUCUAAAUCUUAUAGGAAGGGGGUCUAUUGUGCCGCAUAAGACGGAUCAGGGGGAGUUUGAUUUUCUAAGAAAGAAGAUCCCAGAAGUUAUAUUGAAAUUGGACGAUAUCCUUGUAAAGAAUAAAAACUGUCCUGAAUUUACUCAGAAAGCUGAAAGUUUAGACAAUUUGAAGGACAGAAUCGACAGCCUUCUUUCGGAAAAUCGUCAGCUAAACGAAUUGCUUAGAGAUAAGGAAAAUGACGUGAAGUGUAUGUUGUCCGAAAUUUCCAGCGCUGCUGAGAAGAGUCGGCAACAGUCUUUUGCUGAAGUUAACAUGCUAAAGCAAAUAGAUGAUAUCAAUUUAGUUGUGGAAGACUUACAGAUAGCAGCUUCAGUCCGGGAAGAAGUGUAUACAUGUUUUCUGAGGGAUCUCAUUAGAAAGAAAGGCAGAGAAGCUGAUGAGUCAAGCAUGGAGUUUCAUAUUAUGAAUGGAAUUUAUGAUAUUAUUUUGAGGGAAGCUUACAUUAAUGCCGAAAGUACCAGCAAAUUUGAACUUGAAGAUUCAGAGUUAGAGUGUCUGAUAGUGCAAGAUCUUUAUGGAGUGAUUUUCAGUGAAGGAAUCAAGGAUGCUCAGGACAAGCUCAAAGAAUUGUACCAGGAUUAUUUGAAUGAAAAUGAAGGUCGGAUAUUUCUUGAGAUGAAAGCUAUUCAGAGGGAAUAUGAAUUAACAUUGGAGGUUGAAGAGAAGGAAAAACUAAAGCAAAUGAUUUAUCAGCUCGAAACGUCAGUGGAUGAAAAGGACAAAUUAGCAAGAGAUGCAUCAACUGCUCUAGCAAAGGAGAAGGAACAUUUUCAGUUGGUAACUCAAGAGCUCAAUGCUGUGAGAGAACAUGCAAGUAGGCAGCAAAGAUUAGUUUCUGAGAACAAUAUAGAGUUAGAUGCAGUAAAGAGUCAAUUGGCAGAAGCAUUGGAGCAAAUUGAAGUACUGAAGGAGGUGACCCACCAGUUAAAUCAAAAGCUUGUAGAGAAGGUGCAGGAGUUAAAAGAAGCUGAUGACAAAACAAAGGUGGUCCUUGCUGUUUCUGAGGAGAGGCAGAACAUUUUGGCCUUAAAUGAAACCAAAGAAAUUGAGCAAAGAAAGCAGAUGGAAACAGUAAUUUGUACGGUGCAUGAGCUGUCAAAAAUGCUUGCGGAUUUUGAAUACAGGGUGAAUGGCAGUCUUGAAACUAAUCAUGCGAGGUUGGAGCAUUCAUCGUGUCAAUUGAAUUCUCUUGCUAAGAAGACCAAUUCACUUAGAAGAACAGUGCUAUUGUACCGCCAGAGGCUUGAAAAAAGAUGUUCAGAUCUUCAAAAGGCCGAGGCUGAGGUUGAUCUUUUGGGAGAUGAGGUAGAUACACUUCUGCGACUACUUGAAAAGAUAUACAUCGCACUUGAUCACUACUCGCCAGUUUUGCAGCAUUAUCCUGGAAUUAUUGAAAUUCUUAAGCUGAUAAGAAAGGAGUUAAGGGGAGAUUCUGCUAAACCAGUGAAGUAAUCUCCUACAUAAGGUAAUUUUCUUUUGCUAUUGGUUAAAUUUUAUAUGGUGGUCUUGGAAGCAGUAUAAUAUUGCUCGAUUGCUAUCAGUGAGAGCACCAGAAUACUGGAGUGUGAAA